CAGACACGAGAAAAUGACAACAAAUCUAGGGGUAGAUUUUGGAAGUCGAACCUCAACGAUACAAGAAAUGGCCACGCCUUCACUUUAAUCAAGAAAAAAGGUGUCGUUAUUAGAUAGAAAAUCUUUUAUAUUUAACAGCCAAAGACUCCUUUUCCUUCCAUCUCGUAAUCAGGAAAAAAAUCAAAUGAGAAAAGAAGUCUGAUAAUUAGUUAAAUAAAUUAGUGGCAUAUUAACAUUUCUUGAUUCAGUUUGUUUUGCUGAUAAAUCGAAAGGGUCUUCGUCAGGGAUGCGAAAAAUUGCUCCUUUUUGAGUCUGAUCUUGUGAAUUGUAUAAGCAUCUACAGCUCAAGAAAACAAGAAAAAAAGGGGUUUCGCAAGAUGGAACACGACAAGAUGGGAUGUCAGCCUCCUCCCGAAGGCCCUAUUUUGUGCAUCAACAACUGCGGCUUCUUUGGCAGCCCAACAAACAUGAACAUGUGCUCAAAAUGCUACAAAGACACAAUCUUGAAACAACAACUGCCCAAAGCCAUCUCAAUAUCCAUCGAAGGAAUCAUCAUCAACGGGGGCCCACUCCCCACUCCCAUCCUCCAAAAUCCCAAGCCCGGGCCCGACAAAUUGAAGGAAUCUAUCUCGACACCUGGCCUGUCAAAGGGCAAUGAUGGUAAUUCGAAGCUUAUUGAGGCUAACAAGACGAGAAUGGAGGCCCCAAAUAGGUGCACUUCAUGCAGUAAACGGGUCGGGCUCACGGGCUUCAAGUGCAAGUGCGGGGACCUCUUUUGUGGGGCCCACUACUACUCUGACAAGCACGACUGCCCGUUUGACUACCAGGCUGCUGGCAAGGAUGAGAUUGCAAGAGCCAAUCCAGUUGUUAAGGCGGAAAAACUCGACAAAAUAUAGAUUAUUCCAGGGAAAUAUAAAAAGAAAAGAAAUGUGAUUGAACUGAGGCAUGGGUAGUUUCUUUUGGUUGAUUACUUAUAUCAACUGCCGUUUUGGGUUGAAGAUGUAUCGUACCAGUGUUCAACAUGCAUGGUGGGCGUUGGGAUUUUCCGGUAAACGAAAUUCGGUGUGAUUUGAAAACUUAUCGUUGUUCUGGUUUUGUGAGUCUUUUAUGCGUUGAUUUACUUGGGGAAAAAAAAUAAUAACAAUGCUUGUUUUCCAACAUACGUGCAAUCGAAAUAUGUUCUUCACAUUGUCAUUAUAAGA